AUGGAGGCCGCAGAGAAAAAUUCUCUCAUGGUGGAGGAAGCAAAGUCUUCGUCGAUGGCGAUAGUAGCAGUUCACAAAGUUUCGGGCAGAGGGCAACCCUGCAGGUUUCUCUUAGGAGUGAACCUGCACGUUGAGCCGUUGGCAGGUAUAGGGCAUACAUGUCAGGUGGUCCUGUACAAUAGGACGCUGACAGCUCAAUGCGCCCAAAUUUCCGAACUUCCUUGCAGAAUAGCUCCACCAUGCACGCUUUGCCAGCCUUGUAGUCGUAAAGAGGAGAAAGAGAGAGACAGCCUUCUGCCCACCUUCCAUCCUUUUCCCACUCCUCCGCCAUCCGCCAUCCUCGAUCUGCCUUCCGGAAAAUUAAGAAACGCCUUGAAAACGCGCGAAGGUUCUAAAUUUAUCGAAUUUUAUAUGGCACAUUCCGUCUUUUGUAGUAGAUAUACCCCAAUGCAAGAUGUAGCUGUAGACAUUAGAACAUAUGUUAGUGAUCAGAGAUUGGAAGAUUGUUAUAAUUUGGCGACCGGCGUUCAUGGAAUAAGCGAAAGAAGCAGGAGAAGAAGAAGAGCUGGCGAGAAGCAAAGAACGUCGUCGGCGAGUAAUAAAACAGCGUCGAGAAACUUUAAAUUGGCGUUUCUUCCUCCCAUCUCAAAGAAGCUCGUUUUAUACGUUGCUUUUGAUAGCAACAUCCCAAGUGUUCUUGACGAAUCGAUGGUAUCAAUCCUUGGUCCUAUGCCACCAGGUUGUCCUGUUAAUCUGAGGCUAUUGUCGAAGCAUGGACGUCCUUACCAAGACCACGUGUACAGUGAUGAAUGA